UUGGUGGCGUCCACAGUUCUGGGGACACAAUACCGAACUCAGAUUCGAUCUUCUUUUAUUUGCAAUCACAACUCACAGCGUAGCUUUACACCAACAUCACGAGCUCUCUCUCUCUCCCUCUCUCUCUCUCUGCGCGGGGAAAACACAAAUCAAGUUAUCACCGAACUUUUCAGUUUCUCCCUUACUGGUCUUCUGAAAGAGAGGAGUUGGGGUAUGCUGAAAAAUGUUCUUGCAGAACUGGACUCAUAAUUCCAAGGAUUACAAAGACUUGGCCUUAUAUGAGUUGCUGUUCGUUCACGUGGACGAGAGUGAAGAAGAUAGAGUGUACAGCGUGCAUGCUUUUUAUUCAAGAUCAUUGUCAACUACUGAACUCCCCGCUUCUUUGAUAGGAAUCUUGGGUGAAGAUGGUUGAGCCCUUCAUCACGUUCCACGGCCUUCAUAAUUUAACUCUUCAAAGGCGAAUAAGGAAUAGAUUAUUAUAGUGUUUUUUUUCUGUAGUUUCUCAGUAUGGAUAGUAAGAGUAAUGUGUUGAUGCAUAGAUAUGAGUUAGGAAGGUUAUUAGGGCAAGGCACAUUUGGAAAAGUUUAUUACGCAAGGAGUCUACAAACGGGACAGAGUGUAGCCAUUAAAGUUAUAGACAAGGAAAAGAUUACAAAGGUGGGGAUCAUAAAUCAAAUCAAGAGGGAGAUAUCGAUUAUGAGAUUGGUCCGGCAUCCUUACAUUAUUCAUCUUUACGAGGUGAUGGCUACCAAGACAAAGAUCUACUUCGUGAUGGAAUACGCUAAAGGAGGCGAGCUAUUCAACAAAGUCGCGAAAGGGAGGCUAAAGGAAGAUCUAGCACGGAAAUAUUUCCAUCAGUUGAUAAAUGCAGUCGACUUCUGCCAUAGCAGGGGCGUCUACCACCGGGAUUUGAAGCCUGAAAACAUAUUGUUGGACGAGAAUGAGAAUCUGAAGAUCUCCGAUUUUGGUUUGAGCGCGCUAGCAGAAUCAAGGCGCCAAGACGGUCUUCUCCACACGACGUGUGGGACACCUGCCUACGUCGCCCCUGAAGUGAUCAGCAGGAAGGGCUAUGAUGGCACCAGAUCCGAUAUCUGGUCUUGUGGGGUGAUUCUUUUUGUUUUGCUGUCUGGAUAUCUUCCAUUUCAUAGCUCAAAUUUGAUGGAGCUGUACAGAAAGAUCGGGAAGGCCGACUUCAAAUGCCCUAAAUGGAUCUCUCCCGAAGCGCGAAGGCUGCUUUUAAGAAUAUUGGAUGCGAAUCCAAUGACUCGGGCUUCAAUUGCGAAGAUCAAGGAAAGCACUUGGUUCAAGAUGGGAUUGAGCUCUAACUUAGAAGGCAACGAUGCUGAAAGCAGCACGUCCACGAGCCAGCACGACAGUACAUCUCCAGACAACAGACUCGCGAACCUUAAUGCGUUCGAUAUCAUAUCCCUCUCAGCUGGAUUCGACCUAUCCAGACUGUUUGAGGAGCCUUCAGUAAAGAAAGAAGCUAGAUUCAUUUCACUGAAGCCCGCCUCUGUCAUCAUAUCGAAGCUGGAAGAACUCGCCAAGCGCAUGAAGCUCAAGAUAAGUAAAAAGGACGCUGGGUUGUUCAAGUUUGAAGGAACCGAAGAAGGUAGAAAGGGGUAUUUGUCGAUUGAUGCAGAGAUCUUCAUGCUCACACCAGCCUUUCAUAUGGUUGAGAUCAAGAAAACCAGUGGAGAUUCGCUGGAGUAUCAGAAUAUGUUUGACGAGUCUAUUAGACCUGGCCUGCAAGACAUUGUUUGGGCUUGGCAAGGCGAACCACAGCCUCACCCCGAGCCCAACCGGCAACAGGACGAGCUCCUACUGCCAUCAUCAUCGUCAUCAUCAUCGCAGGAGCAACAUUCGGAGCAGCAGCCAAAUCAAGAUCACUUACAGCAGCAGCUGUUGCUGCUGCAAGAACAACUGCCUUGAUCUUCUCCAACUGGCAAGUUUCUUGGCAUUCUCCUACUUUAUUUUUUUUAUUCGAAUGUAGCAUUCAGGUAACUAUUGAGUAUUGGAAUGAUUUUUUUUGUUUAACACAUAAAUCAUGAUCCUGUGC